GGACGUGUUUCCUCAAGCCUCAUCAGAAGACGUGUUUGAUAUUUCUGCAUUUUACCCCCCCACUCCUGUGCGUCAAGUUCAAACCAAGAAACCAGAUAUUCGGCUAUGGCAAAAGGAGAAGGAGGCGAACAAUACUCCAACGCCAGUUUGCUGAAUAAACCGGGCAGCUCGGAUGGCAUCAAGCUCGCGAGGAAGCAGGAGCAUAGGAACAGGUUGUCAGUCUGCAACAAGAUAUGCUAUGCCAUUGGCGGAGCACCCUACCAGAUCACAGGAUGUGCCCUGGGCUUUUUUCUGCAGAUCUAUCUCCUGGAUGUAGCUCAGCUGGAUCCCUUCUAUGCCUCCAUCAUCCUGUUUGUGGGUCGAGCAUGGGAUGCCAUAACGGACCCCACAGUGGGCUUUCUGGUCUCCCGAAGCCCAUGGACACGUUUCGGACGCAUGCUGCCCUGGAUCGUGCUCUCAACCCCUCUGGCUGUGCUUUCCUAUUUCCUCAUAUGGUACGUUCCUCCCUUUGAGGACGGCAAAGUCAUCUGGUACCUUUUCUUCUACUGCAUCUUCCAGAGCCUUCAGACUUGCUUCCAUGUGCCGUACUCUGCCCUCACCAUGUUCAUCAGCUCAGAGCAGAAAGAAAGAGACUCAGCCACUGCAUACAGGAUGACGGUGGAGGUUCUGGGCACUGUUCUUGGUACAGCCAUCCAGGGGCAGAUUGUGGGUAUGGCGAAUGCUCCCUGCGUCCGAGGACCCGGCGAUCUCACAGCAGACCUGAGCAACUCCUCAAAUUCCGUCGGACUCAAUGAGUCAGAGCCUGUCAUUUCACUGGAGCACACGAAAGCGGCCUACAUGAUUGCCUCUGGUAUCAUCUGCUUAAUCUAUGUCCUCUGCGCGAUUGUUCUUUUCUUUGGUGUGAGAGAGCAAAAAGAGUCUUGUCGUCCCAGGUCCGAGCCCAUGUCUUUCUUCCAGGGGAUUAAACUGGUGAUGGGGCAUGGACCUUAUGCCAAACUGGUCAUGGUUUUCCUCUUUACCUCACUAGGUUUCAUGCUCCUGGAGGGCAACUUUGCCCUGUUCUGCAGCUCCACACUGGGCUUCAGAAACGACUUUCAGAAUAUUCUGCUGGUCAUCAUGCUCUCGGCUACUCUGGCUAUCCCCUUCUGGCAGUGGUUUCUGACUCGCUUUGGGAAAAAGACUGCAGUUUAUGCUGGCACCUUGUCUGUGGUUCCCUUCCUGAUCGUGGUGGUGUGUCUGAAGAGUAACCUGAUCGUCACCUACAUAGUCUCCUUCGCUGCCGGAGUCGGAGUGGCUGCAGGCUUCUUGCUACCUUGGUCUAUGCUGCCCGAUGUUGUCGACGAUUUCCAAGUGCAGAACCCCGACUCCACCGGCCACGAAGCUCUCUUCUAUUCCUUCUACGUCUUCUUCACCAAGUUCGCUUCUGGAGUCUCGCUUGGCAUCUCCACUCUCAGUUUAGAUUUUGCAGGCUAUGUCACCAGAGGCUGCACUCAACCAGAGGAAGUAGCUUUAACCUUGAAACUUCUGAUUUCCGCCGCCCCCGUGAUUCUCUUCAUCAUCGGCCUCGUCAUAUUGUACUCGUAUCCAAUUGAUGAGGAGAGGAGGCUAGGCAACCGCAAACUGCUACAGGAACAGAGGGACAACGAGGCAGAUUCAGACUCAGACUCAAACUCGACAGAACUGGCCAACAUGGUCUAGCACAUGUUACAGACCCACAGACCAAUCGGGCGAUCGACUGGUAUUUUGCACUGGGCGGGACCAACGGACGUGUGCCUGUCGGAUCAUACAGACACUGCCUUGUCCAAUCACACUGCUGCUGUUCCACAUCUACAAAACUUGACUACAAGAUUUUCUCAGCAUGAAAUUUACUCUCCUCUUUUCUUCAGUCUGAUGUCAAAAGCCUUACUUUUUGGAUAACGUACUACAUUUGAUAUAACAGGCAACAUUUGAGAACUGUGCAUAAACUUUUUUUUUAAAGGUUGGUCUUGUUUUCAGUUGAAAUUGCACAGAACCAUGAAAUGUGAUCGAAACAUGUUUUGUCAGUGCUGCCAUUAUUGGUGCUACUUGCUGGAGCCGAACAGCUUCCAUCCUCGUACAUAACACAUCGAACAUUAAUGACCUUGAGCACUGCGCUAAAAACAACUUGAUGGUUCUGAGAUGUGAAGAUCAUGAGAAACUUGAACAAAAAGUGCUAACGCCUUAAAUUCAACACCGUUUUUGGGUUAAAUUCAAAACUGACACUUGUGUGCAUCAGUCACUUGCUCUUCGGUCGUUGGCUUGGUGUGUAUUUUGAAUGUGUUUAAAUGUGGUUUGUAAUUUUACAGUUAAUCUUCAUAGUUUACUUAAACCAGUCAGUCAGUUUGUCUCAGUGUGUUUCCAUCUCAUUCCCAUCCCAUUGGCUUUUUUUUUCUUUUUCUUUUUAAGAAGCCAUAAUAAUGUGAUGUUGGAACUAGCGGUCAGACAGUAACAGCCAUGUUCUGAAAGGCCCCUUUUAGUUCCCACCAUAGUAUUGAAACCACUACAAUAGUAAAAGUUGUUAGUUCUUGUAAAUAACUGCAAUGUUCAUCCAGCAAUUCUACUCUACUCAUCUUGCGUAUAGGACAGCUACUGAAGACAGGAAAUGCUGCUUUCCUCUAAAUGCUUUCAUUUCCGUGACACUGAACGUAACCGUGGCUACAGCCGGUACCAAUUUAGUGAUAUCCUUAUUUAAAUAUUUAUUAGUUUUGAUUUUACUGUUUUUGAAUUCAUGUUUCCUGGAAAAUCAUGUGUCUUGCAGUAUUUAAAUCUAUUUAAGGGCUGUUAGGUUUCAACAGAUUUAGAAGAAGGAAAAUGGGUUGGGAGUAAAUUUUUUUUUUUUUUUUUUUAAUAUUCACACACCUUUUAAUGCAUGUUGCCAACGCUUUUGUCUUUGCUCCAUAUGCAUUCAAAAAGGGAAGCACAUAAUUGUGGGAAAAAAAAGAUUGCAAGAUGUCGGAGUGAACUUCUCUUCCCUGUGAGUGUUUUUUGGUUGUUGUUGUAUUUGGGGGGGGGGCUGUACAUACGUGUCUUUAUUGAAGGAGUAACCAGGGUGUUAUGUGAUCAUCUCAAUCCCUGUCAUGAAGUGUGGAUUGACAUAUUUCAUAUCCAUUGAUAUGGAAAUGUGUACAUACAGUGUCAUAUGUUAUACAUACCGUUACAUCUUCGACAUGUUGUUUCUGACAACCAGGUUGCCGAUGUGAAAAUGUUCAUAUUUCUUUCACUUUUUUUUCCCUUAUUUUUUUUCCCCCAGAGGUACCUUAUAUACUGUACAGGCCUGCAUGGUGCCCCUUUCACUCACUGUGCCUGUAAUAAUUGUACAUCCUGUAAAUCUCAUCCUGUUUUAUUUUGUCAGUGUUUUGUCUUCUAUGGAUCUGUCAGUGAACUUCGCUCAAAACUUUAUAGGCUGUAGCCAAAUGUGUGAGCUUUAAUCCCACAGGGACACACAGACGCCUUGUGUACAUGCCUCCUGUGCAUAUGUAUAUAUUGUAUGUAAACCUGUAAAUAUCUUUGAUAUUUGUGGCUGCAAGUGAAAUGAACUUAUGUACACUGUACUGUAGUUAUUUAAGAGAAAAUGUUAAGAUUGAAAAAGACUGUUAAUAAAUACUAAU